AUGGCUGACGUUGAAGCAUCAUCAUCAGCAUCAAAAACACCAAAAAAGAAGUUUGAAGUUAAAAGAUGGAAUGCUGUAGCUUUAUGGAUUUGGGAUAUUGUUGUAGAUAAUUGUGCAAUUUGUAGAAAUCAUAUUAUGGAUUUAUGUAUCGAAUGUCAAGCUAAUCAAGCAUCAAAUACAAGUGAAGAAUGCACUGUUGCAUGGGGUAUUUGUAAUCAUGCCUUCCAUUUCCAUUGUAUUUCACGUUGGUUGAAAUCAAGACAAGUUUGCCCUCUUGAUAAUAGAGAUUGGGAAUUCCAAAAAUACGGAAGAUAA